ACAGCAAGUGCAGGACAAUAUCAAUAAUGCGCUGAACUAUCUUCUGAAUGAACCUGGCAAGACAUUUUUUGAACCCAAGUCCUCCAAUUUUAGGAGCUCUUCAAACCAGAUUGAAGGCAGCAUGGACUACAGCUUCCAGGAUGGAGAUACCAUACAACCAUUCAGCUUCCUAAAUGAACUACUUCGGCCAACCACGACAACAUUGCUUCCAGAAACAACAACUGGUUUCUCUGUGACCCCUUCAAAUCUCAUAUCUGGUUCAGCAGUGGUCACAAGCAAGCUGGUGUUCAACUCCUCAUCUCCAGUCCCCAGUGAAGCUCUGGUCCUCAGCGCUAUCAACACUCUCCGUAAUUCCAGAGAGUCACAGCUGAAUGAAUCAGUGAAGGUGGUGAAUGUCAGCUAUGAGAAAAUUUCAGAAACCUCCUAUGCUGUGGUCAUUACAUUUAACCUGGUUAAUAUCAGCAUGCCAGAGGAUCCUGAGAACAGAGGCAACACCAAACAGAAAGUGCAGGGCAUCAUCAAUAACGCGCUGAACUAUCUUCUGAAUGAACCUGGCAAGACAUUUUUUGAACCCAAGUCCUCCAAUUUUGCGAGCUCUUCAAACCAGAUUGAAGGCAGCAUGGACUACAGCUUCCAGGAUGGAGAUACCAUACAACCAGUCAGCUUCCUAAAUGAACUACUUCGGCCAACCACGACAACAUUGCUUCCAGAAACAACAACUGGUUUCUCUGUGACCCCUUCAAAUCUCAUAUCUGGUUCAGCAGUGGUCACAAGCAAGCUGGUGUUCAACUCCUCAUCUCCAGUCCCCAGUGAAGCUCUGGUCCUCAGCGCUAUCAACACUCUCCGUAAUUCCAGAGAGUCACAGCUGAAUGAAUCAGUGAAGGUGGUGAAUGUCAGCUAUGAGAAAAUCUCAGAAACCUCCUAUGCUGUGGUCAUUACAUUUAACCUGGUUAAUAUCAGCAUGCCAGAGGAUCCUGACAACAGAGGCAACACCAAACAGAAAGUGCAGGACAAUAUCAAUAAUGCGCUGAACUAUCUUCUGAAUGAACCUGGCAAGACAUUUUUUGAACCCAAGUCCUCCAAUUUUAGGAGCUCUUCAAACCAGAUUGAAGGCAGCAUGGACUACAGCUUCCAGGAUGGAGAUACCAUACAACCAUUCAGCUUCCUAAAUGAACUACUUCGGCCAACCACGACAACAUUGCUUCCAGAAACAACAACUGGUUUCUCUGUGACCCCUUCAAAUCUCAUAUCUGGUUCAGCAGUGGUCACAAGCAAGCUGGUGUUCAACUCCUCAUCUCCAGUCCCCAGUGAAGCUCUGGUCCUCAGCGCUAUCAACACUCUCCGUAAUUCCAGAGAGUCACAGCUGAAUGAAUCAGUGAAGGUGGUGAAUGUCAGCUAUGAGAAAAUUUCAGAAACCUCCUAUGCUGUGGUCAUUACAUUUAACCUGGUUAAUAUCAGCAUGCCAGAGGAUCCUGAGAACAGAGGCAACACCAAACAGAAAGUGCAGGGCAUCAUCAAUAACGCGCUGAACUAUCUUCUGAAUGAACCUGGCAAGACAUUUUUUGAACCCAAGUCCUCCAAUUUUGCGAGCUCUUCAAACCAGAUUGAAGGCAGCAUGGACUACAGCUUCCAGGAUGGAGAUACCAUACAACCAUUCAGCUUCCUAAAUGAACUACGUCGGCCAACCACGACAACAUUGCUUCCAGAAACAACAACUGGUUUCUCUGUGACCCCUUCAAAUCUCAUAUCUGGUUCAGCAGUGGUCACAAGCAAGCUGGUGUUCAACUCCUCAUCUCCAGUCCCCAGUGAAGCUCUGGUCCUCAGCGCUAUCAACACUCUCCGUAAUUCCAGAGAGUCACAGCUGAAUGAAUCAGUGAAGGUGGUGAAUGUCAGCUAUGAGAAAAUCUCAGAAACCUCCUAUGCUGUGGUCAUUACAUUUAACCUGGUUAAUAUCAGCAUGCCAGAGGAUCCUGAGAACAGAGGCAACACCAAACAGAAAGUGCAGGGCAUCAUCAAUAACGCGCUGAACUAUCUUCUGAAUGAACCUGGCAAGACAUUUUUUGAACCCAAGUCCUCCAAUUUUACGAGCUCUUCAAACCAGAUUGAAGGCAGCAUGGACUACAGCUUCCAGGAUGGAGAUACCAUACAACCAGUCAGCUUCCUAAAUGAACUACUUCGGCCAACCACGACAACAUUGCUUCCAGAAACAACAACUGGUUUCUCUGUGACCCCUUCAAAUCUCAUAUCUGGUUCAGCAGUGGUCACAAGCAAGCUGGUGUUCAACUCCUCAUCUCCAGUCCCCAGUGAAGCUCUGGUCCUCAGCGCUAUCAACACUCUCCGUAAUUCCAGAGAGUCACAGCUGAAUGAAUCAGUGAAGGUGGUGAAUGUCAGCUAUGAGAAAAUCUCAGAAACCUCCUAUGCUGUGGUCAUUACAUUUAACCUGGUUAAUAUCAGCAUGCCAGAGGAUCCUGACAACAGAGGCAACACCAAACAGCAAGUGCAGGACAAUAUCAAUAAUGCGCUGAACUAUCUUCUGAAUGAACCUGGCAAGACAUUUUUUGAACCCAAGUCCUCCAAUUUUAGGAGCUCUUCAAACCAGAUUGAAGGCAGCAUGGACUACAGCUUCCAGGAUGGAGAUACCAUACAACCAUUCAGCUUCCUAAAUGAACUACUUCGGCCAACCACGACAACAUUGCUUCCAGAAACAACAACUGGUUUCUCUGUGACCCCUUCAAAUCUCAUAUCUGGUUCAGCAGUGGUCACAAGCAAGCUGGUGUUCAACUCCUCAUCUCCAGUCCCCAGUGAAGCUCUGGUCCUCAGCGCUAUCAACACUCUCCGUAAUUCCAGAGAGUCACAGCUGAAUGAAUCAGUGAAGGUGGUGAAUGUCAGCUAUGAGAAAAUUUCAGAAACCUCCUAUGCUGUGGUCAUUACAUUUAACCUGGUUAAUAUCAGCAUGCCAGAGGAUCCUGAGAACAGAGGCAACACCAAACAGAAAGUGCAGGGCAUCAUCAAUAAUGCGCUGAACUAUCUUCUGAAUGAACCUGGCAAGACAUUUUUUGAACCCAAGUCCUCCAAUUUUAGGAGCUCUUCAAACCAGAUUGAAGGCAGCAUGGACUACAGCUUCCAGGAUGGAGAUACCAUACAACCAUUCAGCUUCCUAAAUGAACUACGUCGGCCAACCACGACAACAUUGCUUCCAGAAACAACAACUGGUUUCUCUGUGACCCCUUCAAAUCUCAUAUCUGGUUCAGCAGUGGUCACAAGCAAGCUGGUGUUCAACUCCUCAUCUCCAGUCCCCAGUGAAGCUCUGGUCCUCAGCGCUAUCAACACUCUCCGUAAUUCCAGAGAGUCACAGCUGAAUGAAUCAGUGAAGGUGGUGAAUGUCAGCUAUGAGAAAAUCUCAGAAACCUCCUAUGCUGUGGUCAUUACAUUUAACCUGGUUAAUAUCAGCAUGCCAGAGGAUCCUGACAACAGAGGCAACACCAAACAGAAAGUGCAGGACAAUAUCAAUAAUGCGCUGAACUAUCUUCUGAAUGAACCUGGCAAGACAUUUUUUGAACCCAAGUCCUCCAAUUUUAGGAGCUCUUCAAACCAGAUUGAAGGCAGCAUGGACUACAGCUUCCAGGAUGGAGAUACCAUACAACCAUUCAGCUUCCUAAAUGAACUACUUCGGCCAACCACGACAACAUUGCUUCCAGAAACAACAACUGGUUUCUCUGUGACCCCUUCAAAUCUCAUAUCUGGUUCAGCAGUGGUCACAAGCAAGCUGGUGUUCAACUCCUCAUCUCCAGUCCCCAGUGAAGCUCUGGUCCUCAGCGCUAUCAACACUCUCCGUAAUUCCAGAGAGUCACAGCUGAAUGAAUCAGUGAAGGUGGUGAAUGUCAGCUAUGAGAAAAUCUCAGAAACCUCCUAUGCUGUGGUCAUUACAUUUAACCUGGUUAAUAUCAGCAUGCCAGAGGAUCCUGAGAACAGAGGCAACACCAAACAGCAAGUGCAGGACAAUAUCAAUAAUGCGCUGAACUAUCUUCUGAAUGAACCUGGCAAGACAUUUUUUGAACCCAAGUCCUCCAAUUUUACGAGCUCUUCAAACCAGAUUGAAGGCAGCAUGGACUACAGCUUCCAGGAUGGAGAUACCAUACAACCAGUCAGCUUCCUAAAUGAACUACGUCGGCCAACCACGACAACAUUGCUUCCAGAAACAACAACUGGUUUCUCUGUGACCCCUUCAAAUCUCAUAUCUGGUUCAGCAGUGGUCACAAGCAAGCUGGUGUUCAACUCCUCAUCUCCAGUCCCCAGUGAAGCUCUGGUCCUCAGCGCUAUCAACACUCUCCGUAAUUCCAGAGAGUCACAGCUGAAUGAAUCAGUGAAGGUGGUGAAUGUCAGCUAUGAGAAAAUCUCAGAAACCUCCUAUGCUGUGGUCAUUACAUUUAACCUGGUUAAUAUCAGCAUGCCAGAGGAUCCUGACAACAGAGGCAACACCAAACAGCAAGUGCAGGACAAUAUCAAUAAUGCGCUGAACUAUCUUCUGAAUGAACCUGGCAAGACAUUUUUUGAACCCAAGUCCUCCAAUUUUAGGAGCUCUUCAAACCAGAUUGAAGGCAGCAUGGACUACAGCUUCCAGGAUGGAGAUACCAUACAACCAGUCAGCUUCCUAAAUGAACUACUUCGGCCAACCACGACAACAUUGCUUCCAGAAACAACAACUGGUUUCUCUGUGACCCCUUCAAAUCUCAUAUCUGGUUCAGCAGUGGUCACAAGCAAGCUGGUGUUCAACUCCUCAUCUCCAGUCCCCAGUGAAGCUCUGGUCCUCAGCGCUAUCAACACUCUCCGUAAUUCCAGAGAGUCACAGCUGAAUGAAUCAGUGAAGGUGGUGAAUGUCAGCUAUGAGAAAAUCUCAGAAACCUCCUAUGCUGUGGUCAUUACAUUUAACCUGGUUAAUAUCAGCAUGCCAGAGGAUCCUGAGAACAGAGGCAACACCAAACAGAAAGUGCAGGGCAUCAUCAAUAAUGCGCUGAACUAUCUUCUGAAUGAACCUGGCAAGACAUUUUUUGAACCCAAGUCCUCCAAUUUUAGGAGCUCUUCAAACCAGAUUGAAGGCAGCAUGGACUACAGCUUCCAGGAUGGAGAUGCCAUACAACCAUUCAGCUUUCUAAAUUUACUACGUCGGCCAACCACGACAACAUUGCUUCCAGAAACAACAACUGGUUUCUCUGUGACCCCUUCAAAUCUCAUAUCUGGUUCAGCAGUGGUCACAAGCAAGCUGGUGUUCAACUCCUCAUCUCCAGUCCCCAGUGAAGCUCUGGUCCUCAGCGCUAUCAACACUCUCCGUAAUUCCAGAGAGUCACAGCUGAAUGAAUCAGUGAAGGUGGUGAAUGUCAGCUAUGAGAAAAUUUCCGAAUCUUCCUAUGCUGUGAUUUUUAAAUUUAAUAUGAGUGACAUCAACAUGCCAAGGGACUCUGGACUCAGAGACAACAUCUACCUGCAAGUACAGGAUACUAUCAAUAAAGCGCUUAACACUCUUCUGAAUGAACCAAACAGUCCAGCUUUAAAACCCACCCCAUCCAACUUUAGGAGUACAUUAAAUAAGAUUGAGGGCAGUAUGGAGUACAACUUCCAAAAUACAGAUGUCAUAAAACCAGUCAGCUUCUUACAGACACUUAGUUCACUGACAGUCUUAACAACAGCCAGUACUCUGACAACAAGCAUAACUUCUCCACCAACCUUGUUCGGGAAGGCUUAUAUAAAAAUCCUAUUGGUGUUUCACACACUGGGCCCAGUACCUAGCAAGGAUUACAUUCUAAACGUGGCCAACUCCUUGCUCAACCCACGUUACAAAACUAAAGUAGACAUAACUCCAACCCAGAGUACGAGCUUUGUGGAUAUCAUCUAUGAAAAACUUAAUGAGACCUCCUAUGCUCUCACAUUUGAGUUUGAAAUCAGUAAUAUAUCCAUGUCUGAGAAACGUGAACUACGGAAUGAAACCUACACUUCAAUCAAAAGAACUAUGAAUACAUUGCUUGGCAACAUCCUGAAUGAUCCAUCAGCUUCUCAGUUUGAUCUGCAAAAUGUGAAAUUCGAUGAUAACAGCACAGUGAUUAAUGCCAGUGUUCAGUAUGUCUACUCACAAAGUGACUUGAACAUAAACAGCACCUUUGUCAAGGAAAUAUUCAGUGCUAAGGAAGUCUUAACAACAGCCAGUACUCUGACAACAAGUAUAACUUCUCCACCAACCUUGUUCGGGAAAGCUUAUAUAAAAAUCCUAUUGGUGUUUCACACACUGGGCCCAGUACCUAGUAAGGAUUACAUUCUAAAAUUGGCCAACAUUAAGCUCAGCCCACGUUACAAAACUAGAGUAGACACAAUUCCAACCCAGAGUACGAGCCUUGUGGAUAUCGGCUAUGAAAAACUUAAUGAGACCUCCUAUGCUCUCACAUUUGAGUUUGAAAUCAGUAAUAUAUCCAUGUCUGAGAAACGUGAACUAAGGAAUGAAACCUACACUUCAAUCAAAAAAACGAUUAAUACAUUGCUUGUCGACAUCCUGAAUGAUCCAUCAGCUUCUCAGUUUGAUCUGCAAAACGUUAAAUUCGAUGAUAACAGCACAGUGAUUAAUGCCAGUGUUCAGUAUGUCUACUCACAAAGUGACUUGAACACAAACAGCAUCUAUUUCAGUGCUAAGGAAGUGUUAACUACAGCCAGUACUCUGACAACAAGCAUAACCUCUCCACCAACCUUGUUUGGGAAGGUGAUCAUAUAUAUCACCCUUUUGUUUAAAACAAAGGGUACUAUCCCAAGUGAGGGUAACGUUGUAAAUGUGGCUAACGGCCUGUUGACCGGAAUGAAACUGAGAGUUAAACGAUCCAUCACAGCAAAAGAUCUGGCUGAGCUUGUGAACUUUGUGAAUGUCACCUAUACAAAAAUCAAUGACAACUCCUUCUCUCUGAACUUUGGAUUUGAAAUCAGCAAUAUAUCCAUGUCUGAAAAAAUUGAAUUCAGGAAUGAGACCUACACAGUGAUCCAGGACUACAUAAAUAAAUUUGUGUCCACGAUCCUGAAUAGGACAACAACUACUAACUUUAAUUUCAAUCAGAUCGUUUUCAAGGGUAACUCCACCGUGAUAGAGGCCAAUGUACAGUAUGUUUUCACAGACAGUGACAUCGGCACUUUCGGCUUGGUCAGCACUUUGCUCGGACCUACUGUAACAGCUGCUCCAACCACCUAUUACCCCACAGUCCUGACCACUGCAAUGUUAAACAACAGUACAAAUGCAGCAUGGAUUGUGGCUAUCAUUGUCCCCUGCGCUAUUGUCAUCGGCCUCGUACCUUGCUGGAUUCUUCUUUGCUGUUUGCUGUGUGGUUGUUGUGGAGCAAUCAGGAGACGUUGGCACAGAAGACGGUCGUACAAUGUACAGUACGCACAGUACGCACCUCGAAACAGCAUCUUCUAGAGAUAUUCAAAAAAAUCCUUUGAUGCUUUAAAUAUGAAUUUUCCUGUAUUGCUGGGCAUACAGAACCUCUCUUAAUGUGAUACAACUGUGAUUUAAAACAACAACAACAACAGCAACUACUAUUUAAGGAAUGAUUUUAUUUAUUUUAAAAAAACUGCUAUGUAAAGUAAUGAGAAUCUUGUUUUUUAAAUGAAAGAUUUAUUUGGUAGUAUGUAUUUAAUGUUAAGGGGAAAAAUCUAGAAUGUGUUGAUCACUUCUUUAUUCACACAUGUACUUUAUCUAAAAUAACAUACUGCAUCUUGAUGUCAUAUUUAUGUAAAA